GAAAAAAGUGAGUGGCAGCCCUGGUUGAAAUCAUGUUCGUUUAGUUUUACUUGGAAAUUCUUAAACUAAGUUAAAGAAAGGUAUCAGAUGGCCAUGGCCUCAUCGAUAUCUGCCUUUGGAAACGCAGUUUCUCAAAUACUUAACAGUUGGACGGCCUUGCAGGUAGAGUUAACAGUAGACCUAACUCUUCUCAAGUACCAUAUUAACUCGUACAAAACAAUGACUCAAUGACGCCCUACUACACUUAGACUGUUAGUUAGGCUACUACUAAUACUAGACUACACUACCGGCUACCGGCACUUGUAUAGUGGUAAUUCACUGAUAAACUAACAUUUCUAACAGUACAGUAAUUAAUCUAAGUCCUAAGAAAACAAAAAAAAAAGUAAAAAAAGACUUGUAUCAUAGUCUGUAUACCUUUACUUUUACUUUGACUUAACUUCUACAUUGUAGAAGUUAUUUGUUCCACUUUUAAUAAUUAUUAAUAAUAUUAUUAAUAUUUAAAUUUAAGGCUUUUUUCAAUGUGCUCCUCCAAAUGAUAAUGCUACUAAUAGUAAUAGUAUAGUUACUUCGAUAAAAAAUUAAAACAUUUUGUAAAAUAAACCUGGCAUAGUUGAAUGGCAGUGUCUACACGUCCGGCGCGCCGGGCGUAUAUCUCCCGCACUAUUUGUCCGGCGACCAAGUCACAUGACCGCCGUAACAAAGUGGCGAGAGAUAUCUUGUCGGUCAGCCUUGUCACGUGACUGCGAAUGAUUCAUAACUAUUGUUAUUUUUAAAAUCUAUUUCUCUAUCAAGUAAUGUGCUGAGUAUCUUGAAUGCAAAUAAUAGAAAAAAACUUAAGUGAAAGUGGCUUGUAAACAUUUUUGUUUAGUUUGUUAUUUGAGUUUGUGCACCAGUAAUCCAUAAAAUAAAUUAGGGGCCAGUGUGGAGUAGGCAACCAAUAAAAGUAAAAGAUUUCAUUUUAAAUUGUUACAAAAUAUUUAAAAACUUCUCAUGAAACUACUGUUGCUGAUGAACAUGAUAAUAUAAAUAUAGUAUAAAAUAUUUUACAUUAAAAUGGGAGUAAAAAAAACGAUCCUAUCCCUGGUAUUGAUCCUCACAUCAUAAUAUCGUCAAGUGACCACUCUACCACUAGACCACACAAGAUCUUCCAAACUGUACUUCGUUCGGAAUUAUAAAAAUACUAGCCGUCCGGCGGUAUGUCACGUGACAUACCGCCGGACGUAUAUCUUGCGCACUAUUUGUCCGGCGCGCCGGACGUGUAGACACUUCGUAGUUGAAUAGAGCUAAUUUUGAAAAGCAUUUCAUUAUAACACCAAAAUCAAGUUUUUAGCUGUUGUAGUUUUAAAGUUAUGAAUUUUUAAAGUACUUCGUUUGUCUUUUUUUAACAUAGACCACAUCUCCACAUUCUGUGACCCAAUUCCGCUGUUCGCGUCACGAGAUAUAUUACUCUCGUUUUAAUGAUAAUUUUAUACGACUUUUAUUUUCAGAACUAAUGCUGUAUUAGUAUUAGACUGUAUUAUGCAUUAAUUAAAAAAUAAUUUUAAUAACGUUGUACUAUUAAUAUUACUAUUAUACAUAAAUUUAUGGACUAUACUUUGUAUAUCAGUAAAUUUAAUAUAAGUAUUAAUAUAUAGCUUUUCUGUUUACCAAAUCUAUGGCGUCCAUUAUACCGGUAUUUGCCAAAUAGUCUAUAUAAGGCAACACAUCCUCUUAUUACUAAUAAACUGUUUGGGGACUACUUAUUUGAAAUUCCAACUUUGGCCCAUGAUUAAUUAAUUAAAGCUUUCCCUGACCAAUGGUUUAAUAGUUUUUGCACACGGCAAACUCUUAUGAAUGAAACUCUGAGGUAGUACUACGACAUGACAUAGCCAUUAUGCAUGUGGCUGUGAAUGCAUGGUUGCCCAUGACAAAGUUUUGCACAAGGAUCAUUUAUAAUAUGGACUCUACCAGCUUUUUAAAGCUCAAAUUCAAACAUUCCAGUCUAAAUGUUUUCAAAAUGCAUUCUGAAGCACAAGUUAUCAAAUAUUUUGCCUAAGCUAAGUAUCGAUGGCUUCCGCCAUUUAAAAGGGGCGUGGUUACUAAUCCAAAAUGGUAUGUGCCACUUUUGCAUAAUGAAGUCUUCUUUGAGGAGAGUUGUGAAAAUGUUUCAUGAGCUAGCGCUCAUGCUCAGAGGGGGAAGGGGAGUUGAAAAUUUAUAACACUUUGUGACAAGGGGAGGUGGGAAAUCUUUUUUUUUUUAAUCUAAAAUUUUCUAAUUUUGAAAGAUCUUUUUUCAAUUAAUUUAAACAUUAAUUUGAGGUCGAAAUUGCCUCAGGUAUUACAGGUAACAUGUAUAUUUUGAUUUUUUUAGGUGCGAUGUGGAGGGGGUGGGGGUGGAUAAAAAUUUGUGAUGGUGGGGGAGGGGGUUCAUUUUUUGUGUGGCGUAAUUUGCGACCGACCCCCAAAAAGACUAUUAUUAAAAUGACACGCGCAUAAAAAAAUUAAACCCUCAAAUCAUUGCGCCCCAUUUCAGAUACAAAUUUUCUAGGAAUGUCCCUUGCUUUACCUACUCCUUAAGUCCUAAACUGCCAUAUUUUCCGUUUAAAAAAAAAUGAUUUUAAUUGUUCUAUUGUUCUUUUAUAUUAUUCCUUUUAAAUUUUUGUAAAAAAUUGAUGCAUUAAAUAGGCCAAAUUUUAAGGUACUCUAUACAUAGCCUACGCUUGCUACUGCUAUUCUGAUUAAUUUAACCUAACUAAAUAAAUGUAUAAUUAUAAUAAUAAAUUUAUAUAAACUUUUUAUUAUUUAAUUUAUCUGUUUGAUUACAGCUAGCAGUUGAACACGGAUUUGGUGGUUCUGAGAGUCUUGAAAAAGCAAAGUGGAUGGUUUAUGCUAUUGAAACCUGGUUUACUGAAAACGGUUGGUACUAAUUCCACUACCAGUAUAACUAUAAAAUAAUUUUUAAAAAUUAAAAAAACAAAUAAAUAGGAGUUGACACGUCUCAAUUUAUUCUUUGCAUUUGGAUUUCCCUACUACAGAGUUUUAAAGAAAAGACAUUGUACGGUAAUCAAUUUUCAAUACAUUGUACUGAUGAACUGAAUUUUGUUACUAAUUUUCAUCACUCAGUACAACUCAAGUACGAUGUUUUUUUCCUCGAAAAAUUCACUGUGUUAUAAUUGGAUGCUUUAUUUUUCUUGGAGAUAAUCUUGAAAUAGCUAUUGGGUUUUAUCAAGGCCGCACUGUAUGCAAUUUGUGUUUUAAAGGCAGACAUUGAUUGAAAUAAAUGUAUAUUUCCCCAGUUGGGGUUGAGUCUGAUGAAGUGGAAGACUUUCUUGAAGAUGUCCUGAAUACAGAAUUUGACCUAAUUGUUGAAGACAACAGUGUUCAUGAGGCAGGUUAAUUAUUCAAUCAUUUUUUAAGAAACUGUUGAAAUCUCUUACUUUAUCACUUAGUUGUAUUCAAUGGUUACAUUAGUAUCAAUCAUUGUUUCUUUCAGCCACUCUUUACUUACUUUUUUGUUUGCAUGUUCAGAUGCAUUCUAAACUUUCGACUUUAUCAAAUGCAAAAUUGUAAAGUUAUGCAAUCAUUUUAAAAGAGUGCUGUAAUUACAUAUUGGGAUGAAGUUUUACAAACUGUUUUAUAAAAUUACUCUUAAAAUGUUGUAUUCCAUUUCUAAUUGGAUAUAUUCAGCAUCCAACAUUGUCUUCAUAGUGCAAUGUUUAUAUAACAAUUAAGGACCUACACUGGCAUUUAUUAAAAUGUUUGUUAUUUAAUAAUUGCAAUCAACUUGUUUCUUUGUUCUGUUUUAAUUCAAAGAUAUCCAGAUUGUUGUGUUUAUAUUACCGACUUUGUCAAGACAACAAAUUAGAAGAGUUACAAGAGCGUCUUAAGAGUCUGCCUAAGGCGUCUAUUCAAGGCUGUCGCAAAGGGAAUGAAAAUGACGAUGAAAUAGAUGUAAUGUAUCUUUAUUUAUAUUGGCAAUAUUGUUCCAUUAGUCAACUCUCAAUACCUUGAACUUUGGAUAAGUUGGGAUGCUUUCAGGUGAUUUAAAAAUAAAUAAUUUUUUACUGUCAUGAGCUUUCAACAUAAAAUAAAUUUCCACCUGGCAAGAGUCUCCAUGUAAAAAUUAAGAUAGAUCCCACCCACAUACUUGUUAUAAGAGUUAAAGGUAUUUCAUUAUUUGCUUGUUAUCAGCAUGUCUUUACAUCAUAUUUUUGGAUCACUUUUAGUUUUAGUUAAAAUUUACUAGACUAGAACAUUAAAAAAUAAUAAUUCAAUUUUAUAUGAACUUUGCCAUGAUCAGUAUUCAUAUCAUGGAGAGCAAUUAAAAGUAGUACAAAAAAUCAGUUGGUCAUGAUUUUUAUUUAUUGGUAUUAUACAAAAAAAUUAUUGUUUUUUAAAUCUAUUUGUGAUUUACAGUUUGAUGAAACGGAUGCUGAUUCUUCUAGUUCUUCUUCAAUACCAGUUCAGCCAACUGUUUAUCAAUCAUCAUCUUCAGGUGCUGGAGUAAAUUCAAAUUAAUAUUUUUUUUUUGAGUGCCUUAAUAAUGUCAGACAAAUACCUGUACCACAAUGUAACAAGAAGUUAGCCUCUUGGUUCUAAAUACUUAGCUAUUAGAAUAAAGGCAGAUGAAUGAAGAAAUAGACAAAAUUAUUUUGAAAUGGGUGGUAUAUAUAUAUUAAACUAAUAAUAUUAUCCUUUUGGAUUCUUAAUUGCACUAAAAUUUAUUUACUAGAUAAUCAUAUCUACAGAUAACCUGUUUUAUGAAUACAUUUUAAUAUCGUAAUGUGUUUGUUUUGCACUAAAACUUAUUAAUAUAAAAAUAGUUGAGUUUGGGAUUUUAACCCUCUACUUCCAUUAGUGCCCGCUGUUGCCUCCCAAAUUCCUUUUGUAAUUGUACUUCUUCCCACAUUUUUUAAAACAAGAAAAUGGCUAGUAUUCAUUAAAACUAAAUUUCAAAGUACCGGUAUGGAGUAUAAAUCCAAGCCUGUACUGUAAGUGUUUGGUAAAAUAAAGUACUGGUAUUUAGAUGCCAUUAAAUUUUUUAGAGAAAAACAUUCUGAAAUUAGUUUUUAAAUGAUACCAGUACAUCAUAGAAGUGAUUUUUAGACAAACGCAUAGAUUAUCAGAAAAUAAUACUUGAUCAAAAUAUUAAUGAAGCACAUUUUUGAGUUUCAAACCUAAGGUUAUAUUCUUGAAAUUGCUUCAGUUUCAGAAAAUCCUGACGAUAUGGAAGUAACAGAUGAUAAGCCUGCUGUUGAAGAUGGGUGGCAAGUUAUAACCCGUAAUAAAAAUAAAAAAUAAAAUAUGGACAUAUUUUUACUUUCAUUUAUUAUCCUGAACAUGUGUUUCUGUGAUAAGCUGGUUUUAGUGACCUUUUGAACAUGAAGUUACUGUAUUGUGAGCUACUACCCAAUGGCUUUGAAUAAAAAUCCCACAUUUUUGUAAUCAUGUGUUGCUUAUUAAAAUUAGCUUUAAGAAUUUUUUAAAGGGUAUUUCCUAUAAAACUGUAUUGAUAAGAAAUAGCCUCUAAAUUAGAACACAAACAUUUUAUUUUUUAUGUACAAUGUUAAUAACAAAUGAUAAUGUCCAACAAAUUUUUUUUUAAAAAAGGGGCAUUUUAUGUAAAUGUAUUGCAAGUUAAAUCUUAUUAUUAUCAGACUUGCAGAAUUUAAAAAAAGUUUUUACAUAUUGAAAUUCAUUUCACAAUGAUUCAAGUUGAAUCAACAUCAGAUAGUCUUAGUCAUGUUUUU